AUGUCUUUAAGCAAAGUAAUCAAACUGCCUUCAUUAUUGCAGAAAUUAGAAGAAAGUGGCUACGAAACACUGGAUGAGGUCAAGCGAGAGUGCAUCUCUUCAUUGACAAAAGAAUUAGAGCUGAACAAGGAAGAGAUUAAAGCAGUUGGAAAGCUCGGCGCAAAAGACAAGACAAAGACAAUAAAGAUUGAUGAAUCUUUGACGAUGGAAAUUGAGAGCAGUUUUACAACAGCUGUGAAGAAUUUUGAUCGGCUGUUUGUGUAUGGUAUAUCUCCAAAGAAAAUCACGGAGAUAUGCGGCGAGUCUGGAACUGGAAAGACGCAGCUAUGUUUGCAAAUGGCUGUGACGAUUCAGUUACCCAAAAAUCAAGGUGGCUCAGAAGGAGAAUGUGUCUACAUUGAUACAGAGGGAUCAUUCAAUGCGCUGAGAGUUCAAAAGAUGGCAGAGCGAUUUGGUUUAGAGGACCCUCUCAAGAAGAUCCAUGUGUUCCGAGUGCUGAGCCAUACCGAAUUUGUGGCCAUUAUUAUGCAACUGAUGGAAAUCCUGACAAAUCGCACCAAAGUCAAGUUGGUCAUCAUUGACUCCAUAGCAUAUCACCUUCGUGUCAAUGCACUUCCGUUUCGAGCUCGAAUCGACUUUCUGAAUUUUGCCGGCCCUCAUUUGAUUAAGAUUGCACAGAAUCUAACUGUAUCUAUUGUGGUUACAAAUCAUGUUACAACUGGUGGUGUCAAUGAUCAAUGGACACCGUCAUUGGGAAACGAGUGGGGAAAUUGGUGCGCAAAUCGACUGUUUUUGUAUCGAAAACGAGAAUUUAGAUAUGGAUACUUGUACAAAUCGGUAGAGGAAAUACAUAAUAUAGAAUCAGUGCAAUUCUGCAUCAAGGAAAAGGGUUUAUUUGAUCCGGAAAAUGAUGAAGUGCAAGUUGCCUUUAAAAAAGAGAAUAAUGUUCAGCCAAUAUCCUCAUCACAACAGCAGUAUGACGAUUUGUUGCAAGGAGAUGAGUUAGAGAUUAUGGCUUUCGAGAAUGAGCUCAAAAAAAUCAAAGAGCAACAAAAGCAAGACGGCCUAGAAGGCAAUGGUGUGGACAACAGUGUAUCAAGAAAACGCACAGCAGAAGAGGCAUCUGAUCCAGAUCAGUACAUUAAUGACUAUUUGUCUGAGCACUGUACGAAAGCAACGAAACACGGUACUCAACUAGACGUUCAUUCUCAACAUACAUAUGAAAGCAACCAUAAUACCUCCAAUGUACAUAAUCAACAUACUCCCAGAAUCAGUGAUGAAACACCCACAUUCAUGCCCUCGUCACAGAGAUUUUUUAGCAUCCCAGAAACAGCCAUUGUACAUAAUGUAACCACUACUACAACGAUACCCGAUGAAAACCCUAAUACUACUGGAAAUGACAAUCAAGCUGAAAAUGACCAGGUUGUUGAAGAGUCAAAUCCCUGGGCCAGUGAUGGCGAGGAGGAAUGGGAUCUUGACUUUUUGACAAAUAUUCAAAACUACUUUUAA